UCUUUUUUUGAUGACGGGUCGCUCACGAUUCGCGAAUGAUGAAAUUCUGAGGUUAUUUUCGUUCGAGACACCUUUUGCAACCAUAAUAAAGUAAUUUUUCCGUUGAAGUACGAACCUAAAGUCGGUCCAGUGUAUUGAAAGUUAUGGAGGACAAAUAUCGCAUUGCCGAGACCAUCAACUUUCCGGAAGAGGAGGAGAAAAUCCUGAAAUUUUGGAACGAAAAGAAAGUGUUCGAGAAUUGCUUGAAGCAAUCGAAAGAUAAGCCAAGAUACACUUUCUAUGAUGGUCCACCAUUUGCCACCGGUCUACCGCAUUACGGUCAUAUAUUAGCUGGUACGAUCAAAGACGUGGUGACACGUUACGCUCACCAGCAAGGAUACCAUGUGGAGAGACGAUUCGGCUGGGACACUCAUGGUCUACCGGUUGAGUUUGAGAUCGAUAAGAAACUGAAUAUCCGUGGACCGGAUGAUGUGGCGAAGAUUGGCAUCGCUGCUUAUAAUGCAGAGUGUCGUAAGAUUGUGAUGAGAUAUGCGGAGGAUUGGGAGAAGAUUGUGGGACGUAUGGGACGAUGGAUUGAUUUCAAAAACGACUACAAGUCUCUCUACCCCUACUUCAUGGAAUCGAUUUGGUGGGUCUUUCAGCAGCUCUAUUCGAAAGGCUUAGUGUACAAAGGCGUCAAAGUCAUGCCAUACUCAACGGCGUGCACAACCGCAUUGUCAAAUUUCGAAGCGGGUCAAAAUUACAAGGAAGUUGUCGACCCAGCCGUUGUCGUCAGUUUUCCCAUCAUUGAUGACCCGGACAAAUCACAAAUGUUGGCUUGGACAACAACGCCCUGGACUCUGCCGUCGAAUAUGUCACUGUGUGUGAAUCCCGAACUGAUGUACGUCAAAAUUAAGGACCUUACCAGUGCGAACGUUUACAUUUUGGCCGAAUGUCGACUGGAGGUGACGUUCAAGGAUGCGUCAAAGUAUGAAAUUUUGGGCAAAUUCCAGGGAAAGACUCUGAAGGGAUUGAAGUACGAGCCACUGUUCGACUAUUUUGCUCCAUUGUUCAAGAAUAAUCCGGCCGUUCAUCGCAUCGUUUGUGACAACUAUGUGACGGAAGAUUCUGGUACGGGUGUUGUACAUCAAGCGCCGUAUUUCGGUGAGGACGAUUAUCGCAUUUGCCUGGCCAACAAUAUGAUCAGCAAGGAUUCGGAAGUAAUUUGUCCGGUUGAUGCCAGCGGAUGUUUUACGGAUCCAGUACGGGAUUUUAAGGGCCAAUACGUUAAGGAGGCCGACAAGAAUAUCAUUGCUCAUUUGAAGGCCAAGAAACGACUCGUCCAAGCGAGUCAAGUGAAGCAUAGCUAUCCAUUUUGCUGGCGUUCCGAUACGCCACUAUUGUACAAGGCAGUUCCGUCGUGGUUCGUGCGAGUCGAACAGAUGCAGUCCAGUUUAUUGAAGAGCAAUAAGCAAACGUAUUGGGUGCCCGAUUUUGUCAAAGAGAAACGGUUCGGAAAUUGGUUACGCGAUGCACGUGAUUGGGCCAUCAGUCGUAAUCGGUAUUGGGGCACACCCAUACCGUUGUGGGUUAGUGACGAUGGCGAGGAAGUGGUCUGCAUCGGUAGCAUUGCCGAAUUGCAACAGUACAGCCAAACGAAAAUCGUGGACAUCCAUCGCGAAAGCAUCGAUCACAUUUUGAUUCCAUCCAAACGACCCGGCAAACCGCCAUUGAAACGUGUGUCCGAAGUGUUCGAUUGUUGGUUUGAAUCCGGCUCGAUGCCGUACGCUCAGAUGCACUAUCCGUUCGAGAACAGCGGCGAUUUUCAUUCCCGCUUUCCCGCUGAUUUCAUUGCUGAGGGCAUCGAUCAGACUCGAGGUUGGUUCUACACACUGCUUGUCAUUUCGACGGCAUUGUUCGGCAAAUCGCCGUACAAAAAUGUCAUUGCGAACGGUUUGAUAUUGGCGUCCGAUGGCCAGAAGAUGUCCAAACGGAAACAGAACUAUCCCGAUCCAAUGGAAGUGGUGCAGAAGUACGGAGCCGAUGCGCUGCGAUUGUAUCUCAUCAAUUCCCCUGUCGUUCGUGCAGAAAAUCUACGCUUCAAAGAGGAAGGAGUGUUCGCCGUUAUCAAGGAUGUAUUCCUGCCGUGGUACAACGCUUAUCGAUUCCUGUUCCAAAAUGUCGAUCGCUUCGAUAAGGAAGAGUCGGCCACGUAUUCGUUCGACACGGAUCGCUAUAUGAAAAACCGUGAUUCGAGUGUGAUGGACACAUGGAUUACGUCGUUCAAGGAAUCGUUGCUCGAGUUUGUGGCGAAGGAAAUGAAAUCUUACCGGUUGUACACGGUUGUGCCACGUCUGACCAAAUUCAUCGAUCAGCUAACCAAUUGGUACGUGCGACUGAAUCGUCGUCGCAUCAAGGGUGAAUAUGGCCGCGAUCAAUGUUUGGCUUCAUUGGACACUUUGUACAGUGUCUUGAUAACGAUGGUCAAAAUGAUGGCACCAUUCACACCCUAUCUUUCCGAACUGAUGUACCAGCAGCUGGUCAAAUUGAAUCGCCAGCCGAAUGACGAGAGCGUUCACUACCAAAUGAUGCCAGCCAGUCAUCAUCCAUUCAUUCGGUCGGAUGUUGAAGACGCCGUUUCACGAAUGCAAAGCGUCAUUGAAUUGGGCAGAGUGUUGCGUGAUCGGAAGACCAUGGCCAUCAAGUAUCCCGUACCGGAAGUUAUUGUCAUUCAUAAGAACGAAUCGUAUUUGAAAGACAUCAAAUCUCUGGAAGAUUUCGUUCUCGGCGAGCUGAACGUACGCAAACUGACACUGUGUGCCGACAAGGAGAAAUAUGGAGUGAAGCUGCGUGCCGAUCCCGAUUUUAAGAAAUUGGGACUACGCUUGAAGACCGUACUGAAAGCCGUCACUGCCGAAAUGAAGUCGCUCAACGACGAACAGAUUCAAAAGCAGCUGGACCAGGGCUAUUUCGACGUUCUGGGCAAUCGCAUCGAAUUGGACGAAGUGCGAGUGACAUUCUGUUUGGAUGGCCAGAAUGCGUCCAGCAAGUACGAGGCUCACAGUGACAAUGACGUUCUGGUUUUGAUGGAUCUAACACCGACGGACGAUUUGAUGGAGGAGGGAAUCGCCCGGGAAAUAAUCACACGCAUUCAGAAGCUCAAAAAGAAGGCGCAGCUGGUGCCGACCGAUAGUGUCAUUGUUCUGUAUGAAGUGAACAGCACGGAUAAUAUCGUAACAAGAGUGGCGAAAUCGCACAAUGACUUCAUCCAGGCGACCAUAAAGUCACCGUUUAUUCCGUAUCGACGAGAAGACGUCCAGAAAGUGGUUAUAACCGAGAGUUUUGAUCUGAAAGAUGUGCAACUGAAAAUCGUCAUCUGUAUGCCGAAGACGAACGAAAUCGAGCCAGCCACUAAGUGGGCAAAUUUUGUUCGAGACUCGUCCAAAGGAACCGUCCUUUUGCACAACUUCAACGGGAAGUAUUUAACUUUGGAUGAGCUACACAAUGAAAUCGAUGUUCUGUUCCGAUUACACGGCCGCAAGGUGUACUUGCUGGACGAUGGAAAAUUGGUUACAUCCGUUGAGGCCAUUCAUGGAAAAACGAUUUUUGUGGCCGAUAAGGAAAGUGGAAAAUUUGCGGAACUGUUGGAGACGUCACCAUUCGUUAAGUUCGUCAACACGGAAUUAAAAGGCAAGCCAGUGACUGUAAUCCUCGAGAAUCCUCAAGGGAAAAUACUUGGCGAAGGUGAUGCAUACGUUAAGAAGGUCCUUCAGUGAAGCCUUAGGAAUAUUAAGUUUAAAAAUGGCAGAAUUGUUCGCGUUGUUUGAAUAAAGAGAAAAAACGUUCCCAAUGAUUGAA